AUGUUGCCGACAGACUCUAAGCCCUCUCGUCGCCGUGUUUCCCUUCGUGGACACGCUCCGGAUCUGGCUAUCAGAUGUGGUAAUCGCAUCUUCAAGACCCACCAGGAACAGUUGGUCGGAAAGCCAGGGAUUCUUGAUGCAGUUCGCUACGAAGGCAUCCAAGAUGGUUGCGCCAUGGUUUUAGUCCAUGACGUCGAACCUACCGUCCUUUCUUGCAUCCUGGACUACUUCUAUACUGGUGAUUUCGAUGAGAGCGGGUCAAAUCCUUACGUUCCAAGCGUUCUCGUUCCGGACAGAAAUGAUGGAGCUACAGAGUCCCCUUUCAAAUCUCCGUCAGGAUCGCCAUCAGCUGAACCCAACAAAAGGCUCGCUGCAGUCUUUACUAUGGCACAGAAGUACAAGAUUAAUGAGCUGAAGGAAUUGGUCCAAAAAAAGUUUGCAGACAGCGGCAAGCUCUCUGAAUAUCUCUCUGCUAUCAUUAAAGAUAACACCUUGGCGGAAACUGACAUGGGGAGAACCCUUCACGUUAAAUUACAGAAGGUUGCUUUGGCUUCUGUUGACUCUCCAGAGGUUGAAAUAAUCGACCAAUCUAUUUGCAACAAUGAUGACGGGAGUACCGACGACGACACCACGAAGAAUGGUAUUACCAAAAUCGUUGAGGAUGAUAAGGUCAAAAACCCCACAAAUACCCCGGUUGUUGACGAACCUCUUACGGCAACCGCUCUUUCAACUAUGGAAGCUCUGAACGAGAGUCUCCAAACCGAGCUUGCAGCUCUUCGCACCACCUACGAAGAACAAACAAAGGAGCUCAAUGGGCAAAAGCCUUUCCUCUUGAGUCUGAAGGUUGAAAAGAACCAGGCUGAGCGUUGCCGCGACAGUGCCAUCGAAAGAUUGGAGGGUUUGAUGAAGGUAAUCAACGAAACAACUAAGUGUAAAAACACCAAUUGCCUUGCCUCGCUCAACAUUUCGGUCAUUGAAAAUGAAGUUCGCCUUGGGGGUAAUGUUACGAUCCGUUGUGGCCGCUGCAACGCCCGUCAACGUUAA